CUCACGCCUUGCUUUCUCUCUCUCUCUCUCCCCCUUUUCUCUCUUUGGAUAGCCUGUAACUGGGUCCAUUGGGAUGCUCCGUCUCUUCUUAUAAACAACCUGCAACAUCGUUCGCCUUCCUCCUUCACUUCCGUUAGAGAUGGGCUGUUUUCUCGCUUGCUUUGGCCUUUCCAAGAAGAGAAAGCGUCGAAAGACUCUCUACAAGGUUCUUGCUGCUCCCGGUCACCAACACUAUGUAGCUCUGGAUUCCUCUGUCACCGUAAAUCUUGCCACCCCAGACAACUCUAUAAUCCCGUAUUCUAAUUUCAGAGAUGAAUGUAGGGAGCAGGCCCGACCCAAAAGCAAGAAGAAAGUCAGUUUUAAUUUGAAUGUACAGAUAUAUGAACCAAAGCCCACUGCUUAUCAGAUUUUGGAGAGUGAUGAGGAGGAAGAAAAUAAUAAGGAUAAUGAAAAAAUGGAGAAAAGUAGCUCAUCUUCUUCCAUCUUGGGAGAAAACUCAGCAGCCUUGAACUACCCGUCAAAUCACAGAUAUCACAACUGCUUAGACAGCUACAACGAGGAGGAUGAAAUAGAAGAUGAGGCACCUGACAUUGAUGCACAUGACGACGAGGAUGAUGAGUUUGAUGACGAAGAUGGUUGGGAUUAUAGUAUCAGCGACGAUGGCGAAGACCAGGAUCGGUCAGAAGUUUGCAAUAAAAAUCCAGUAGAGAACCAAUGCUCAGAGCUAAUCAAUUCUUCAUUGGAAGAAGAUAAGGUAAAGAAUCACAUGCAUUCUGUACUGAGACCUGUAGAGAACAUCACUCAGUGGAAAGCCAUCAAAGCACAGGUUGCAUCAAGUAAGCACAGGAGGAAAGAGAAUAUUCCGCUUGAACAAAAGACAGGCAUGACUCUACUUUCAGAACCAGGUUUCAAUCUCUUGGAAUCAAAUGUUUCCAAGCAUCUGGUGACAGAAAUUGCAGUUGAUGCUAGUCUUUCAACCUGGUUAAUUCCACCUUACGCGUCUAAGACCACAAUUCACUGUCAAUGAAGGCCAUGACAUUCAAGUUGAAAGAUUUAAGAGAUAUUACUUCCAUGGACUUGACAGAACAAUUCUUUAUUCGGUGACCAAGAGGGAUCUCACCGCACAGGGCAAUAAAAUUACUCUACCUUCUUGUGAAGACCAUUACUAAAGAAAGGACACUACAAAUUUUGGUUCCUGUGCUGCUUAAUAUUUGGCUUGUCAGUCUGAGCUAAUUGGGGUGAUUUUUCAUUUUUAUUUGUGUGUCUGAUUCUUUUACUCUUAUUUGUUUUGUGAAUGAUAAUGUUGCGAUCAUUAGAUGGUUAUCCGUGUCUAUUCAUGUCUUGGUGUUUGUAUGAGACAUCUAUCAAAUGCAGCAAUUCAAUUACAGAAAUUCUCAAAUUUUA